CGCCUCCCAUUUAAAAAGGCCGGGUCCGACCCGUUCUUGAAAUAUCAAACCCGAGCCCGUGAUUUUACGGGCGCGCUCUGGCGGGCUGGCCGGAUAUGCAGGUCUGUGAUCGGGUUAGUGGCUGGUAUAUAAUAGGAGCCGUUAGUAAAACCCUAAUUUUGGUGAAUUCGAGUGGAAUGGGGCACAAGCGGAGGGAGAGAGAUGGCGGCGACGACGGAGAGGAUCCGAAGGAGUCUUUCCGGCCUUCAAUGAUCAAGAACAAGGAGAAGAGAUCCGCCGUCCACGCAAAGCUCAAACGCGAGAAGAAGGCAGAGAAGCGCAAGAAAUCCAAAGCUCGCGAAGAUGCUGAAAAACGGGCCCUGGAGCUCGGCGAAGAUCCUCCGCCAAAGCAGAUCCCCCGGACGAUAGAGAACACCAGGGAGGCUGAUGAGACUGUGUGCAAACCCGACGAUGAAGAGCUCUUCGCGAGCAACGAUGUGGAUGAAUUCAGCGGGGUCCUCAAGCAGGACCUAAACCCUAAGGUACUGAUCACGACCUCCCGAUUCAAAUCCAUAAGAGGACCUGCGUUCAUCUCUGAGUUGCUCUCUAUCAUUCCCAACGCUCACUAUUACAAGCGAGGGACCUAUGAUCUGAAGAAGAUUGUGGAAUAUGGGAAAGCCAGAGACUUCACAUCCAUCGUUGUGGUGCACACCAAUCGCUGGGAACCUGAUGGUCUGCUCAUUAUCGGGUUACCUGAUGGACCCACUGCUCAUUUCAAGCUCACCAGGCUUGUCCUCCGAAAGGACAUCAAGAAUCAUGGGAAUCCUACCAGUCAUGUACCUGAGCUAGUUUUGAACAACUUCACCACUCGAUUGGGGCAUCGCAUUGGGAGGAUGAUACAAUCUCUCUUUCCACAGAAUCCCAAUUUUCGGGGCCGUAGGGUUGUGACAUUUCACAACCAGCGCGACUUCAUUUUCUUCCGCCAUCACCGGUACAUAUUUGAGGCAAAGAAAGUGAAGCCGGCGUCACAAGAAGGGAAAAAGGGCAAAGGUGAAGAAGAUGGGGAGGCGAAGCCCCAGCUGAAAGAAAGAGUUGUGGCGCGUCUUCAGGAAUGUGGUCCUCGUUUUACAUUGAAAUUGCGCAGCCUGCAGCAUGGCACCUUUGACACAAAGAGUGGGGAAUAUGAAUGGGUUCAUAAGCCAGAGAUGGAUACCAGUCGUAGAAGAUUUUUCCUGUGACCAUAGAGAGGGAGCAUCUGAUCUCAAGAGAUUCAUGUCCAGAAACUGUUCCUGUUUGGGGUUGGUCUGAGAUUCAUUGACGUGCGAAGAAGACAAAGAGUGGCCAAGCGCUUUCCCGCAGUUCCAAUGGAACCUCUGUGCAAAACAUCUUUAGCAGGUGCAACAUACUUCCACCUCCCGAGAAGAAUGCCACAAUUAAUUAUGUUACGGGAACUUUUGUUUAUUUGUUUGACUCAAUCCAUACUUGCCCUGUUGAUUUUCGAGAAGGCGAUCACAGACAGGCAACGUCAUCAUAAAUCUUCCUGGAGUGUUCCGCCGGAUGUUGCAUCAGUGAUUUUCAAACCUCCAUCUUGUAACAAGCGUCCCCCGGGUAGACCAAAGAAGAGGAGACUUCCAUCUGUCGGUGAAUUUCAAAUAGGCCAUAGGCGUAGAAAGCAACGAUGCACACGGUGUU